GGUGGGGGAGUGCGGUGGCCACACUCCUCGGCGCUACCUGGCGGAGCUUCCGGCCGCCUGGAUUUCUCUCCCGCCUGCAGCCUCCCGAGCGAGCUGCCUGUCUGCCUGCCUGGUUCCCCACCCCCUCCGCCACUCAGGAGGCCUCAUGGCUGCAACCUGUGAGAUCAGCAACGUCUUCAGCAACUAUUUCAGCGCUAUGUACAGUGCAGAGGACCCCGCCCUGGCCUCUGUCCCCUCCGCUCCCUCCUUCGCGGCAGCUGAUGACUUGGUGCUGACGCUGAGCAACCCCCAGAUGUCGCUGGAGGGCACAGAGAAGGCCAGCUGGCUGGGGGAGCAGCCCCAGCUGUGGUCGAAGGCCCAGGUUCUGGACUGGAUCAGCUACCAGGUAGAGAAGAACAAGUACGACGCCAGUGCCAUCGACUUCUCGCGCUGCGACAUGGACGGUGCGGCGCUCUGCAGCUGUGCCCUCGAGGAGCUCCGGCUGGUCUUCGGGCCUCUGGGGGACCAACUGCACGCCCAGCUGCGAGACCUCACCUCCAGCGCCUCAGACGAGCUCGGCUGGAUCAUCGAGCUGCUGGAGAAAGAUGGCGCGGCCUUCCAGGACGCCCUGGCCGACCCAGGCCCCUUCGACCAGGGGAGCCCUUUCGCGCAGGAGCUGUUGGACGACUGCCGGCAGGCCAGCCCCUACUACCCUGGCAGCUACGGCGCGGGAGCCCCCUCCCCAGGCAGCUCCGACGUCUCCACCGCAGGGACUGGUGCCUCCCAGGGCUCACAUUCCUCGGACUCUGGUGGAAGUGAUGUGGACCUGGAUCCCCCGGACAGCAAGCUCUUCCCCCGAGACGGCUACCCCGACUGUAAGAAAGUGGACCCCAAGCACGGGAAGCGGAAACGCGGCCGGCCCCGAAAGCUGAGCAAGGAGUACUGGCAGUGCCUGGACGGCAAGAAGAGCAAGCACGCUCCUAGGGGCACCCACCUGUGGGAGUUUAUCCGGGACAUCCUCAUCCACCCGGAGCUCAACGAGGGCCUCAUGAAGUGGGAGAACCGGCACGAGGGCGUCUUCAAGUUCCUGCGCUCCGAGGCCGUGGCGCAGCUGUGGGGGCAGAAGAAGAAGAACAGCAACAUGACCUACGAGAAGCUGAGCCGCGCCAUGAGGUACUACUACAAACGGGAGAUCCUGGAGCGGGUGGACGGGCGGCGGCUCGUCUACAAGUUUGGCAAGAACUCCAGCGGCUGGAAGGAGGACGAGGUGGUCGAGAGUCGGAACUGAAGGUCUGAGCCAGACCCCGGGACCAAACUCACGGACUGGAGGCCCGCGGCCGUUCGUGGGGAGGAAAGGCGGGCCAGGCGGGUGGCCCUCUCCUCGGAUGCGCUCCCCGCUGUGCAGUGGCGAGCAGCCCCGCGCCGCGGAAUGAUGCACCGUUGUCUUCUGAGUCGGAACCCGCGGCCUCCUCCCUGGCCUCCUCUUGGAAUUACAAGCCCUGGGGUUUGACGCGGCGCCUCGGCUGCUGACUCUACACCUGCGAGCACGGCUCCUGGGAUCCCGAGACGAGCGAGCUGCAGACCACACCUUCCUCCCACGGAUGCCUGGCUGAGCCUAGCAGGCCGCAGCAGGCCCCUGGGAGCACCAGGACACGGAGGGCCGAGCGGCAUCCUUGGAUACCGGCUAUCUGCCCUGGCCUCCACCUCCCUGCUCCGUGUUUGGGCACCACGGGCGGGGUCAGAGCACUCCCUAAUUUAUGUGCUAUAAAUACGUCAGAUGUACAUAGAGAUCUAUUUUUUCUAGAAUAUUCCUCUCCUCUUCCCUGCUCCUCUCCGACCGAGUGCUGGUGGGCAGACUGACUGUUACACCGUGCCCUCGGCUGGGCUGGCGAGGGGCGGGGUGAUGCCAGCACCCUCAGGAUGGGGCUCCUGGCUCCUUUCCCCUGUGAAGGGAGGCGGAGACCUCCAAUAAAGUGCCUUCUGGGCUUUUUCUAGCUUUGUCU